UGUAAUCGUGAUUAUUUGAAUAAUGUAAAUAUAUUAAAAAGAAAAUUUAUGACAGUGAUAAAAAAUAUUGCUGGUGUAAAAAAAAAGAAAAACUAAAUGUGAUUUAUUAUCGACAAAGGAUGAACGAGUCACGUUUUUCUUUAAAUUUCUGCAAAGAGUUAUCGGCAACAGGAUUUAUAUUUAUCAUUUUAAUUAAAAUUUUGGAUGUUAUCAUCUAAGAGGUUAUCUAAUGAAAUUUUUAUUUGCACAUUAUUUUGCCUUCUAUUCUAGUUCUCAGAGAAUUCACAUGUGAGAGGAGGAGAAAUUUUUCAAAAUUGCACAAAUUACGAAAAACGGUGUUUUCUUAGAAGAAGAGUCCUAUCACCAUGUAGGGGAUUGUUGAUUAAAAAAAAAAAAAAAAAAAAAAAUGGUGACUCAUGUAUUACCUUUAUCACUGACGAAACGACGCUUUUUUAUUAUUAUUUUUAUCAUCUCAGUACCAUGGAUUUUAAGUAUCAUGUCAUCGCCAAAUAUGCAAGACGAAAUGUUAUUACAAACAAAUAUUGCAGAAUUACAAACAAAAUUGGAACAUUUACAUUCUAAAUAUAUUAUAAGUCAAGAAGAAAUUCAAUUAUUGAGCCAUCAAUUGGCAUUAAUAACGGAAAAUAAUUAUAUUUUACCGGAUUUUCAAUUUUAUAUGAAUAAUACAAUGCCAAAUAUGACGAGUAUUAAAUUGCCAUCGAUUUAUAAUUUUUUGCCACAUUUUUUAAAUGAUCCAAAUAGUUUGAGACCGGCAUUUGUACAAAGUAAAGGACGAUCUGGUGUAAGCAUGAUUCUUGGAGUUCCAACUGUUAAACGAGAGGUACAAAGUUAUUUGUUAACAACCCUGAAGAACUUGAUAGAUCGCAUGACUCCAGACGAAUCCGCCGAUACACUUAUUGUAGUUUUAGUCGCUGAGCCUGACGCUGAUUUUGUAUCUUACAUCGCGAAACAAAUUGAAGUCCAAUUUCCCGAGGAACAUGAAGCUGGUUUAAUAGACGUAAUAGCACCGUCUUCAGCUUAUUAUCCCGAUUUCACGAAAUUACGUGACAAUCUCGGUGACAAUCAUCAGCGAGUGAUUUGGAGAUCGAAGCAAAAUUUAGAUUUUGCAUUUCUCAUGCUCUACGCUCAACGAAGGGGAAUAUUUUAUGUGCAAUUGGAAGAUGAUAUUUUAGCGAAGAAAAAUUUUAUUUCAACAAUGAAAUCAUUUGCAUUACAAAAAGUUAGCGCUAAGGAAAAUUGGUUUGUGUUGGAUUUUUGCCAAUUAGGAUUCAUUGGAAAAUUAUUUAAAUGUUCGGAAUUACCCUGGCUGGUACAGUUUUUUCUUAUGUUUUAUAAUGAUAAACCUGUUGAUUGGCUUUUGGAUCAUUUAAUAUCGACUAAAGUCUGUGGCCUUGACAUGGAUGUUAAACGUUGUAAAACGGCCAAAGCCAAAUUAUGGAUCCAUCACAAACCUUCGUUAUUCCAACAUGUUGGAACUCAUUCGUCUUUAAAGGGCAAAGUUCAGAAAUUAAAGGAUAAACUAUUUGGAAAGGUAACUCUAUUCUACUCACAUAUAAAUCCAGAAGCAAUUGUCGAAACACAAAUAAAACCUUACAAAAAGUUUACAUUACAAAAAGCUUACAAAGGCGAAACAUUUUUUUGGGGACUUUUACCACAACCUGGAGAUCAUUUAAAAUUCAAGUUUAUUUCUCCUAUUUUUAUAAAAAAAUAUUUAUUUAGAAGUGGAAACGCUGAACAUCCUUUAGAUAAAUUUUACAAUACGACUGUUGAGAUUCUUCCCAAGUCAAUGAUUACUCUAAAUAGAAAUUACAAUAAUGUGACAGAAGAUGGAUAUAUUAUAAUAGGAAAGUUUAAUACUCUUGGAAUUGCUAGUGGUUCGGUUGAUAGAAAUUUAGGAAAAAUUUCAGCAAUGCGUUUAACCGUUCAUAGUGAAAGUGAAAAUUGGGUGAUUCUUUCUGAAAUUGAAAUCGAGGAAGAUCCAAGCUGACACACUACAAAGAAUUGUAUAAAGAAUUGCUUUAAAUUUAAGUUUCUAUAUACGUAAAACAAUUUUGAAUCCACUCAAUGGUUGAUGGACCCUCAUGAUGUUAUUGAUGUGCCUUUUAUUUUUGUUGUAAAACAAAUUUUCAUCUCUGGAAUCCACGAUGUGAUGUGAUAAAUAUAUAGAUCUGUAAUUUAUUUUAAUUUUACGAUACUCUAUUGCUCCACAUUGUUUUAAAGAAUUUUAUUGUAAUUAUUAUUAUUAUUAUUAUUAUUAUUAUUAUUAUUAUUAUUAUUAUUAUAUUAUAUAAUAUAAAGAUAAAGAUAAUAUAUGUAAAAGCCGACGACAAAUGUACAAACCAUACACAAUAAUUUUUAACGUCUAUUUACCACUGUUUUUCAAUUAUGAGACAAUUUUUUAUCAAUCAAUUUUCAUUAAUUCCGUGAGAUUAUAUAAUUGUCAAUGUAUAAACACAAAAAUUAUAUCUAUAUUGAUAAACAUGGUAUUUAUUAAAUUUGGUAUGUGAGACUUAA